AUGUACGAUCCGUCCUCUAGUGCUAAUAUCAAUGAAGCAACAGUGGAACAUAUAUCACUAGAUUGGGUGGUGGAUUUUCAAAAUCGACGGAUAGCGGGAAGUGCAGUCCUUUCGCUAAGCAUCAUCAAACCAACUAACAAAAUCGUACGUUUCGUAUGCACUCAGAUAGUUAUUGUGUUCUGUUGGCUAUCUGCGCAUAAUUACAAAAUUGUUUUGGGUGUAAUCGCUAAUUUCCUUCAGGAGCUUACAUUCAUCUACCGCACAGGCAAGCAGUGUACAGCGCUUCAGUUCCUGGAAGCUGAGCAAACAGCCACAAAGAAAAGGCCCUAUCUGUUCAGUCAAUGUCAGGCUAUCCAUGCUCGCUCAAUAAUACCUUGCAUGGAUACACCAUCAGUCAAGCAGACCUAUGAUGCUGUGGUGGCAGUACCGAAUGAUCUGGUGUGUCUGAUGAGUGCGAUUGCUACAGGACAGCCACAGGAAGUUGGAGAAUUGAGGAAAUUCGCAUUCAAGCAACCAGUCCGGAUUCCUUCGUACCUCGUGGCCAUUGUCGUGGGCCUAAUGGAGAAGCGUGAUUUAAGCGCACGAUCAUCGAUUUGGGCCGAGCCACCUGUUGUCGACAAAGCAUUUUAUGAAUUCGGCGAAACGGAAAAAAUGUUACGAGCUGCGGAAUCCUUAGCCGGCAAGUAUGAGUGGGGAAGAUACGAUUUGGUAGUGCUUCCACCGUCGUUCCCGUUCGGUGGUAUGGAAAAUCCAUGUUUAACAUUC